AUGGGAAGUUUAUUCUCUAAAAAGGGUUUUUCUAACAAAAGAGUAACUAUUAUGCAGGCUCAACAGAUAAUUGAAGCUAUCAUAAACGAUGACCCUUCUUUUGUAUAUAUUCAAAGUGAUUUAGAUUUACGAUUGGAAGCUGUAUUUUUCAUUUAGUAUGACUGAACGCCUUUACACUUACUCCCCCCCUCCCAUCCUUGAUCGAACGACUCGCCGUCGUUCGAUCAAGGAUGGGGGUUAAAAAAACAUUUUUUUUGGGAACAAAAAAAAUUUAUAUAUAAAAUAAAAUAUAUAUAUAUAUAUUGUUUUAUUUAUUUUUAAAUAAGAAGGUUAAGAGUAUUUAAUAAUUAUUUUUACAGCAAAAAAUUGAAUUAAUCUAUAAAAAUACCAAUUUUUUAAUAUUUUGAUUUAUUAGUUACCCCUUUAAACUGUAUAAAUUUUAAUUUGUUUCUUAUUAAAUUAAAAUUUUUUUUUAAAAAUUUUAAAGAAUCUCUUUAUUAGAUUAUUGAGUUUUUAAGCCCUGAUUGAUGAUUAAAUCACUUCGAAUAGUUGAUUCCGAGCUUUCUGUCGUCUCAAAGUCUCUGAAAACAACUUCAUUAUGCACAUCUUCCCAAACUUUUGAUAACUAAUAUAUUUUUAUAUAUAUAUAAAAUUUUGCAUGAUAUGAAAAUCGUUCGAUCAAGGAUGGGGAUUAAUUUCCCCAAUUUUUAGGAAUUUUUACAGUCAAUCGUUCGAUCAAGGAUGGGGGGGGGAGUUAGCAACAUGACUUGGUAAACAAAACGCGAUUCAGAAGCUAUUGGAGCUUAGCCCAAAUUUAAACAUCACAGACUGUCACGGAGAAACAGUGCUUCACUUGGCAGCAUACACGAAAUCAAUUGAAACCUUCGAAUGCUUAAAAAGUGUAGGCGCAGAUACAACAAUUGAAAAUCAUGCAGGUAAAAAGCAUAUAGGAGAAACCCCUUUUGAUUUAGGAGAUAUGGCUAAGCAGAGCGUAGUUGCCUCUGAAGAAAAAACUCGAAAGAGCCACCAUCAUCUAAAACCUGUCAAAACAAAAAAAUACUUUGCAGACUCUGACAGCGCAUCUACUCAAUCACAGAAAGUAGUUCCUGAUUAA